ACCUGUAGGUAGUGGAUCGUCAAUUUACCGUUACUUCGGAAACUGAAAGUGUUUUGUCACAAGAGUUUUAGUGGAUACUUAUCGUUUUGGACACCGUUAAUCUUCAUCCAUUUUGGUUUACGCUUUGAAUUAAACGAAGUUGCGGUCCAUCGGGGUCCAAUACCAUGGUUAGCAGACGGAAAAUUCUUUCGAGAUCCCGUGAUGAACUAAAUACAGACUUUCAGGAAGAGGAGGAAGAUGUGUGGUUCCAAAAAGACAGACUUUUUAAGGAUCACAUACAAGAGGUUUUGAACAAGUGGAAGCAAAUAGAUGACGAGAUAUGGGCAAAAAUGAUAGUAAUGGAAAGAAAUAGGCGCGUUGCCAAAGCCUAUGCUCGUGCACCUGUUCUUACUAUAAAUGGUUCCGAUGAUGGAUUUGAUGGCUACAGAAUUGGUCUUUGUGGUUUUGACAAUCCCUUGCGAGACGCGAAAACUGAAGAGAUCAAGAAACACAUUGGGCAUGGAGUCAAAAUCAAGAUGGACGAAGCUGGAAACAUCAUGGUUAAGAGAGUCAGUAAAUCAAAUGUAUAUGUAAAAGAAAUAAAAACUGAAGAAAAUAGCAUAUCCAGCGAUGUUAUAAUGGCCGGUGGGCUGCUUGAAAUAGAAAAACCCAUGAAAAUUUUUGAUAUGAAGAAGUUUGCUUCAAAUGUCAAUAAAGAAAUAAAUAAAGCGUAUCCUGACAGAAAGAAAUUAGAAAGCCAAUGUAUAUCGGCCAUAUCUUUUGUCAAAGACUGCCCGGAACUUCUUGAUUGCUCAUGUUGGAUAAUGAUCAUAAAUAUUGUAGCACUGGAUAUGUUGAGAUCAAAGAUGCCUCCAGUAUCAAAGCGUCCAAGCAUUGAAAAUGCAAAAAUUGGUGAACGUCGUCAAAUGCCUUUACCACUUGACGAAGAUCCAUACAGUGUGCUCAAUUCUUCUGAAGGAUCUUCUCAUAGGAUGAUGGAUACUAUGCGGGAGUCGAAACCACCCAAAUUGCCUCCACGAGAUUUGAACAGGGUCUCUGUUCCAACGCCCGACUACGAUGACUGGAAAAGAGAGAAACCUUUGCCUAAAAUGCACCAGCAGUCUGGGUUUAAGGAUGACCCUUAUUACUGUGGCAUGAAGGCAAGGGUUCCUAAUUUCGUUAAAAAAGGUGCUCAACAUUUGAUGAACCAACAAAUUCCUCCUGUACGUAAAAGUCACAGUUCAGGUUAUUUGAGCCUUCUUCGACAAAAUGACAGGAGGCCUUUUGACACAAGGCGAGAAAAUGACCAGUUCAAUCCUGAAGAGUACACAAAAGUUUUUGGCAGAAUGAGAACUUUACCUAGUCCCGCUUCUCCCGGUGUGCUGUAUGUUGGCGAAUGGGAAUGAUCUCGAAAAGAUCAUGAUGGAAUUCUGAAUCUCAACCAUGUAGCGUUGAAAAUGCUACAAAUUGAUUGGAACCUUUCGUGCCUUUACCUGAAUUGACGAAAAUUUGUUCACUCUACUAAAGUGCAGUAGCUAUGCUGUUAAGACUCUUGAAGAGUUUCAUUUUCAAGUGAUUUUCGUGAAAAAGGCAGAUUCUUGAAGCUCAAAGUGAAAGUUGUGAAAAUAUACUGUGAGAAGUGAAGAUACAUUGUGAUUUUACAGAUAGUGAAUUUUUGACUUCGAUAGCUUGAUGGUUUUCUAGAGCUUUAAAAACCGUGCCAAUUGUAGGAAAUCGUCUUGAUGAAAUUCUUAAAGCGUUCAUGUUACUGUUAUGUAAAUGUUUGAAUUAUUAUGAACAACGUUUUUACACGUUUAUUUUAAUGUUAAUGUGUUUAGAACGAAUAAAUUCUUUUUAAUUUUAGUCUCUUGUUUAUUUAUGUAAGUCGUAACAUCACUUACAUAAACCCUGAAGUUCAUCUUAUGCAAGUAAUAGCUACGCAGAAUCAAAUGAUGACGUUACUUGAAUUCGUUAUUAAAUUUGAAUCUCGCUUUAGUUUUCAGAAAUUCA